AUGAAGAGACGACCAGCCCCGCCGGCCGUUAGUUACACAGCGGACAAGAAUCCGUCAAGCGUGCCAGCCCGGGAGUCGGAUUCCCAGCUGUGUUCAUUCCAGGGGUGCGUUUUUGUCUUUCAGGGAAUGUGUGGGUCUUGCUGGGCUUUCUCUGUGAUUGGGAAUAUCGAGGGGCAGUGGUACCUCAGGAGGGGCUCGCUGCUGUCCCUUUCAGAGCAAGAGCUGGUGGACUGUGACCGCCUGGACCAGGCCUGCAGGGGGGGGCUGCCUUCCAACGCGUAUGAGGCCAUCGAGAAUCUGGGGGGUCUGGAGACGGAGACAGACUAUAACUACACGGGACACAAACAGUCCUGCGGGUUCAGCAGAAACAAGGUGAAGGCUUACAUAAACAGCUCUGUGGAGAUCUCUAAAGAUGAGAGGGAUAUCGCAGCUUGGCUGGCGAAGAACGGGCCGGUGUCAGUCGCUCUCAACGCCUUCGCCAUGCAGUUCUACAGGAAAGGGGUGUCCCAUCCUCUCAAGAUCUUUUGUAAUCCCUGGAUGAUCGAUCACGCUGUGCUGCUAGUUGGAUAUGGGGAGCGUAAAGGUGUUCCAUUCUGGGCUAUAAAGAAUAGCUGGGGAGAGAACUAUGGGGAGAAGGGUUACUACUACCUGUAUCGGGGGUCUGGGCUGUGCGGAAUAAACAGGAUGUGUUCUUCUGCCAUCGUGGAGUAGAGACUGCUGGAACGAGGAGAAUCAACCGGAAAUAUUAAGACCCCCCCUUCCCCUCCCUCUCCCUCCCCCAACAUGAAAUAAUUACCUGACUGACCAGUUACCCCCUACUGUACGAUACUGCUGUGGGUAGAGCACUAAUACUGGUAUGGUCAAACACAAAGUAUAGUUCUUAUCAAUAGCUAUUAAAAAGAGCUGCAUGAAAUGAUUCUUCCAGUGGGGGUGCUGAUUCUGCGUUCAGAGCGAAUUCAGAAACAGCUGCUCGGGUUUGUGUGGAUCGCUGCUUUUCUUAAAGACUCUGCGGGGAGCAGCGACCCACACAAGCCCAGAAUCCUGGCUCCGCGAGCAGCCGCGUGUGUGUUUGAGUGAAUGUGUUCCACGCUGCUAGCUUCGCUCCGGAUCCCCGCUGUUCUAGUUACCUGGCCUCUUGUGUUGCUGCUGCUUCUGGUUUUAAGCAGGGCCGUGUUCGUUCUCUGUGUGCAGCAGAAUCAUUCACAGCGAAACCUGACCUCUGUACCCCGGGCCAAACGGGGUUGGGGGUCGAUAUUAAAAUAAAACAGAACCUCUUUUGUCUUCCAAGUUAU